AUGGCAGAAUUACGCUUUGACCAUCAGACUGUCGUGGUGACAGGAGCUGGAGGAGGUCUUGGAAAGGCAUAUGCGCUCUUCUUUGCUUCAAGAGGAGCCAAUGUCGUGGUCAACGAUCUUGGGGGUUCUUUCAAGGGGGAGGGCAACUCGACCAAGGCCGCUGAUGUUGUUGUCAAUGAAAUCAAGGCUUCCGGAGGGAGGGCCGUUUCUAACUAUGACAGCGUCGAGAAUGGAGAGCGGAUUAUCGACACAGCCAUACAAGCCUUCGGUCGUAUCGAUAUCCUGCUCAACAAUGCAGGCAUCCUGCGAGACGUCAGCUUCAAGAAUAUGAAGGAUGAUGACUGGGACCUCAUUAUAAAAGUCCACGUCAAGGGAGCUUAUAAAUGCGCUCGUGCAGCGUGGCCACAUUUUAGGAAACAAAAGUAUGGACGCAUAAUCAAUACUGCCUCAGCGGCAGGGCUGUUCGGUAGCUUUGGUCAAUGCAAUUACUCUGCUGCAAAGCUAUCUCAGGUUGGCUUCACAGAGACGCUGGCCAAGGAAGGCUACAAAUACAAUAUUAUGGUCAAUGUCAUUGCUCCUAUUGCAGCGAGUCGCAUGACGGCUACAGUCAUGCCGCCGGAAUUGCUCGAGAAUUUGAAGCCUGACUGGGUCGUACCCCUCGUCGCAGUGUUGGUUCACCAUUCCAACAAGCAAGAGACAGGAUCUAUCUUCGAAGUCGGUGGUGGUCACAUAGCGAAGCUGAGGUGGGAACGCGCCAAAGGAGCUCUUCUUAAAACGGAUGACACUUUGACGCCGGGUGCAAUUCUGAAGAAGUGGGACCAGGUCAACGACUUCUCACAACCUGAAUAUCCAACUGGGCCAGCCGAUUUCAUGACACUCCUUGAGGAAGCUAUGAAGAUGGGCAGCAAUGACAAAGGAGAGAAUAUUAAUUUGAAAGGCAAGGUGGCGUUAAUCACAGGCGCAGGUGGAGGACUCGGUCGGUCUUAUGCGCUUCUUUUCGCCAAACUUGGUGCUUCAGUCGUUGUCAAUGAUCUUGUCAAUCCUGACACCACUGUGCAGGAGAUAGAAAAGCUUGGCGGCAAAGCAGUGGGCAACAAAGCAUCAGCCGAAGAUGGCGAUGUUGUCGUAAAAGCUGCCAUUGACGCAUUUGGUAGGAUUGACAUUCUUAUCAAUAAUGCUGGUAUUCUACGCGACAAAGCUUUCCACAACAUGGACGAUAAGCUAUGGGACGAGGUUAUUGCCGUGCAUCUACGUGGGACAUACAAGACCACGAAAGCCGCAUAUCCAUACAUGCUGAAGCAAAAAUAUGGGAGAAUCGUGAAUACCACCAGCACAAGUGGCAUUUACGGUAAUUUUGGACAGGCCAACUAUGCUGCUGCUAAACUGGGCAUUCUCGGCUUCUCCCGUGCCCUUGCCCGCGAAGGAGCCAAAAACAAUAUCUUUGUUAAUACUAUCGCCCCCAAUGCUGGCACGAACAUGACCCGCAGCAUCAUGCCGGAAGAAAUGGUGCAAGCCUUCAAACCCGAAUACGUUGCUCCUCUUGUGGCGCUUCUUUGCUCCGAUAAAGUUCCUGAUCCUGCAACGGGUGGUCUCUUUGAGGUUGGAAGCGGCUGGUUUGGGCGUACCAGGUGGCAGCGUUCUGGAGGGCACGGCUUCCCCAUCGACGUCAAACUGACGCCCGAGCACGUUCUGGGCGUUUGGAAGGAUAUCAUCAAUUUCGGAGAUGGACGUGCAGAUCAUCCAGAAGACGGCCAAGAUGGCCUCAAAUCCAUUAUGGCCAACUUGGAGAAUAAGAGUGGUGGCAGCAGCUCAUCCGGGCAAAACUCCGAAAUUUUGUCGAACAUUGAAUCAGCCAAAAAAAUGAAGGCAGAAGGCACGUCCUUUAUCUAUGAUGACAAGGAUGUCAUUCUUUACAAUCUUAGCCUAGGUGCCAAACGAGAUGAGCUACCAUUGGUUUACGAAGGGUCGUCAGACUUCCAGGUACUUCCCACCUUCGCUGUUGUCCCUCCUUUCAACGCCUCGGCACCUUGGAAUACCGACGAUAUAGUCCCGAACUAUAACCCGAUGAUGCUGCUCCAUGGUGAGCAGUACCUGGAGAUCCGCAAAUUCCCCAUCCCAACCGCCGCCGAAACCUUGUCCUACCCACGUUUGAUCGAGGUCAUCGAUAAGGGCACCGCAGCAGUCGUGGUGUCUGGUACGACCACCAAAGAUGCCAAAACAGGAGAAGACCUUUUCUACAACGAGAUGACUGCCUUCAUUCGCGGGUCUGGCGGCUUCGGUGGGGCCAGCAAGGGCUCAAAAAGAGGCGCAGCAACAACAACGUACAAACCACCUAACCGUGCCCCAGACGCUGUCGUGGAGGAGAGGACAACCGAAAACCAAGCCGCUCUUUACAGGCUUAAUGGUGAUAGGAAUCCUCUGCACAUCGAUCCCGACUUCAGUAAGGUAGGCGGAUUCAAAGUUCCUAUUCUGCACGGGCUAUGCUUUUUUGGAUUCAGUGGGAAACACGUUUUGCAGAGUUUUGGCCCCUUCAAGAACAUCAAGGUUAGGUUUGCUGGCACAGUACUGCCCGGCCAGACUCUACAGACUGAAAUGUGGAAGGAAGGAAGCAGGGUCAUCUUUCAGACCAGGGUCAAGGAGACUGGCAAGCUGUGUGUUGCCGGUGCAGGCGCAGAACUGGUAGAUGACGGCAAGGCGAAGCUGUGA